UCUCUUUUACAUAGUGCUACAGGAAGUGCAGACAAACCCUCCUCUAUUAGAUUUACAAUUUUCUGUGCAGUUGUUUAUUAAUCUGUCCUCACUGUCUUUCUUUCAUCUGUAUUCUUUUGGUUUUACGGUUUCUUCCUGCCUCAUUCAGGACCAGACGGCUCUAGAGAAAGGGUGCUUAACUCUCUUUUUUUUUAUGGAAAGUCACAGUAAAGCUCUCUGAGAAUGGAAAAAGGAUACCCACCACAGGAAUCAGCUCCACCAUACCCUGGGCCACCUAUAAACUAUGGUGGUGCGGUGCCUCAGCCAGGGAUGUACCCUCAGCCAGGGAUGUACCCUCAGCCAGAGGUGUACCCUCAGCCAGGUUUCUCUGCAGCUGCACCUCCACCUGCUGCAUACCAAGGAGGUGCUCCUUUUGCUCCGGCCAUGGCUGCACCUGCCACAACAGUGACUCACAUGAUAGUAGCACCUGCACUACAUGACGUCCCAGGACAAACUGUGUGUCCCCACUGCCAGCAGACAGUGAUCACCAAGACAGACCACACAGCAGGCUUGAUGACCUGGGCCAUCUGUGGUGGCCUCGCCCUCUUUGGGUGUUUUCUUUGCUGCUGUAUCCCGUUCUGCAUUGAUUCCUGUAAAGAUGUAGAGCAUCACUGUCCAUCCUGCCACAGAGUUAUCUACAUAUAUAAGCGAAUGUGAAACUAUCUGGACUGUGAAUGGGGGAGAAGAACAUAAUGCUUAUCUGUAGCUUUUUAACAGCCUUACUUGCUCUGCAACCAAGCAAUCUUUUUAUGUAAUGCAAUCUUUUGAUAUUGUUUAUAAUAAUGCAAAAUGCCUUUAUUCCAGAGAAGCAUCAUGCUGUGAGGCAUUAUAUUCAGCAGUCAUGGAACAUUUGUUAUUCAUUAAACAAGGGAUAUAAACUAACAAAUAUG